GAAAAGUGGACGACCGAGCUCUGAUUCAAACUAGAAUGUCAGACUUCUGCUGACUCUUCCAUGUAUUGGAGAAUAUAUAUAGAAUUGUGAGAGCUCAAGCUCCAAUAGUGAACAUCAUAACGAAAAGCACGUGAAUAUUCAACAUGUCUUCUAUCAAAGAGCUCAGUGAGAGAAUCGCUAGAAAAUCAGCUAUUGUCGAGAAAUGGUUGGCGGGCAAGAAUGCCAAAGUGUCGUUUGAUCAGGAGGCAAAAGAUGAAUACCCCGAUACUGAUGGCGAAUCUGAGAUUGGAAUGGUGCGGAUGGUGGUUAUUGAUGACACGAGUGCAUUUUGUGACUUGUUUCUUGGUCCGCGAGAGGUUCUGGCUCCGGUUUGGGGAGCUGUAAGUAAUAUUGAGAAUUGUAUGUAGUGUUGGAAAGAUGGGGCACGUGCAUCUUAUAUGCAUUAUCUUCCACUUCCGAUUUUAGAUUUAGAUCACUACAGCGAAUUCUACAUAGUCAAUAAUAUAUGUAUUCCACUAGCCUGCUCCCUUAAUUGUGAGCAUGGAGCAUGAUAUGCUAAGAUAUGUGUCUAGGCCAUUGACAAUGCGGCUCAACAAUUUAUCUAUCACUUCAAUAUUCUUCAUGCAAUUCCACUCGAUGGUGAAGCGACUUAUGCGGAAAUAUCUGCAAAGGUUGGCUUGUCUGAGAGAAAAGUCAAACCGGUUGUGCGUAAAGCAAUGCUGAAUCAGAUGCUGCGAGAGGAUGUUCCGGAUCAUGUUUUUCAGACUGCCUCGUCUGCUCUGCUGUUGCGUGAUCAUAAUAUGAUGAAUUACUACGGCUUUUUCGUUGAGCAAAUUCUUCCUGCCAGUGCAAAGCUAACCGAGGCGCUGAAGAAAUAUAAAGACAGCACCACUGCUCAAGAUACCGCACUUAGUCUUACCCUCAACACGAAGGAUGUCUUAUUCAAAUACCUCGAGCAAAGCCCCGAGUUGAUGGCUCGAUUCGUCGGUGCAAUGGAGGGUGUUGACAAGGAUCCUAGCCAGAGUCAAAAGCACGUUAUAACAAGAUAUUCAUGGACAGAGCUUGGAAAGCCACUUUUAUCAAUUUCAGUUUGACUUUCUUCUCUGUCCCCUUCCUGGAAAGUUAACUCAAAUUCGUAUAGGUUGGUGGCUCGUCCGGGUUUUUGAGUGUAGAACUUGCAAGAAACUACCCGAAGCUAAACUUUGUGGUAGAAGAUUACAAAAAGAAUAUUGAGCAAGGAGCUACACAGUUGUUAUCCGAGUUGACCGAACGUGUCAAGUUUGUACUGCAUAACUUCUUUGACCCCUAGCCCGUAACGGGCGCAGAAGUCUAUAUUUUGCGUCAUAUCUGUCACAAUUGGUCGCAUGAGAAUAGUGUCGAAAUCAUUCGUCAAAUUUUACCGGCCA